AUGGCAGCUGGAUUUGCGGCUUUUCCAUUUGGCACGUGUAAUGCGUUCAUGGCGGAGGCUUGGGGAAUUUUUGUUGGUAUCAAUCUCACGCUUGCCAGAGGUUAUACGGAAGUCAUCGUAAAUAUAGACGUUAAGAGAGUGAAAAAUGCAAUUAUGCAGAAGGAUAACCAUAGUUUCACUAGUUUGGCCUUAAUCCGCCAAAUUCGCUUGUUAAUGGCCAAACACGACGUGGUGUUUCUAGAGCAUACGUUAUGGGAAGCUAAUACUAUUGCAGAUGAUUUAGCUAAAAAGACGAGAGUUUUGCAAAAUGACCUUUGUAUCUUUGAAGAUCCUCCCGAGCAUAUUGCGAAUUUGCUCUUAAAGGACUCCCUUGGUCUUGCUACCUCUAGAGUUGUAGCAAUGUAA